UUUGUUUUCCAGCCUUCUUCGACGGAGAUCAAGCCAACUCCGAUGCCACCAAUGGGGUCCAUUGCUCAACGAUCACCAAAAUGUGCCCGUUGUCGAAACCAUGGUGUCAUCUCGAUCCUCAAAGGACACAAGAGAUUCUGCAAAUGGCGAGAUUGUGCUUGCUCAGAUUGCAAUCUCAUCGCAGAGAGACAGAGAGUCAUGGCGGCCCAAGUCGCGUUACGAAGACAACAAGAGAGCGACGAGGUUAGUGGUCACUUGACAUACAAUGCGGUUCCGUAUUGUUUUCCCCCGAACGUUCACAAAACCUCAGGAUCUACUCCUACCUCGCCCACCUCACCUUAUGAACAAGGCCAACUGGUAAGAACAACAAGCACGUCUUCCCGCUCAAGUUCACCUAACGAGGACACACAAAUAGGAAACGGUCUUGCGUCUCCGGCGAGCAGCGCAAAUGAAGGUAGGUUUCACCUCUCAGAUUUUAAACCUCUCCAUCUCUUUUACAAAAGUGGUGUUUUCGGACGAAAUGGUUCUUCCGUAGCGGAAUUAUUAGUAUUUGUAUCUUAGGUAGAUUCUCAAGAAGAAGAGAUUUGUCAGUCUGAAAAGUUUCCGCGGAUUUUACAGUUCACAAUAAUAUAUUUUUGAUAAUUUAGUGAAGGGCUCAUCUAGUAACUGGCUAUAUAGUAUGGCAUUCAUAAAAACGGUACCAACUGAAAGUAUCGCGAAAAAGCGACCAAAGUUAUAACUUGAUUUCAUGUCUCAAACUUAGACUCCUAGAGAGGAAUGUUUUGACGGCUUGAAUCAUCCAGAGCGUAUAAAAAUUUAAGACCACCUCGGGCUGAAAAAAAAAAAAAACAUAGACAGUAUAAAUAAGGGCUUAAAAUUUAUUCUAGUUCACACUUGGAUUUUGCCUCCAGGGUUUUUUCCAAUGCACUUGAAACGCACUUAAAAAGCCCGACUUACUACCCUACACCUAAUUAACAAAAGAGUUUGCUACCGCCGUGGUUGAACCGGAGACAAGGAAACAAGUACUGAAUGAAGAACUGCUCCAAUUUAUUGACCUCAGCUAGGAAAGACACAAUUUUUUCCCUUGUUUUGCAGUCGAAACCGCAACUGAUUGAUUGAGAAAACUUUUUUUUAUCAGUGUAUCAAAGUUACAUACAUGAUCAGUUUAUUUUUAAUUGAAUAAUUCGAUUCAGCCGCUAAUGGCAUCUGAAAUUCUUAGAAACUUGUUUCAACAAGCAAACGGUUUAGCUUUCACAUCCACGAAGGAUCAUCCACACAAGUCAAUGUCGAAUAUAAACCAUGAGUGUCAGCUUAGAAAAAAUGCCAGAAAUGGCUUCUGCGGUUUUAUGGUUCGCCUUUUCCGUGAUUCUCUCACCGGCGUACAUGAUAGAUCCACCCUUUAGCGGUUUCAUGAUUUAUUACUUUGUAACCUUUUAAGGCAACUUAUUUCAAUCUUCAUUAAUCAUCGACCUCGAAACCAACGUAAUCAUGUUUAUUAAAUGUGAGACACAAUCAGCUACAUAUUGGUGUAACAACUGAGAAAAAAACAGGGGAGCUAAUAACAUAGAGCUAUCUUGCAUAACAAUAGGCUCCGAGCCUCAAAAAUUCACCCUAAAUUAAUUUCAUGUUAGAAAUCACGUGACAACUCUGGCUAACCAACGGGCACCUCGAGCUGUGCAUGCGUGUAAAAGGUCUUCAUUCUCUCCGGUGUCGAAAAAAUGUACAACUGACGUGUUUGGCUUGAGUGUCAAUAAACUCUUCCUUGUAGAUCCUUUUUCGCAUUGCAGAAGUCACCUUAAAAAAAUCGUGAAAAAAAUCAUUAUUUUUGAAUUCUAUUGUAGCUCAGUUCAAUUACGGUAUACAUUGUUGGCCAAGAUAAGUAUGUCGUUUCAGAUCAUUUGUUUUCAAUGUCGAGCGUAAUCUCAAGAAUGCAUGUAAGUCAUAUAAUGAUUUUCUCAAAAUUUAACCUUAUGCCAUUUCUUAUGAACCGACUUGUUCUAACAAGUUUUCUUGUCUUUUAUGCAGGCUAUUUAAAAAUUAUUCCUCGAGCCCGAAUGGGCUAUUGACUUAGCGGCCAUGAGGGCGAGAGGAAUAAUUGUUUUAGUAAAAUCCAACUAGUUCGUCAAAAAUAUCGAGACAAAACAGCUUUAGCUAGCAAACGCGAUUCAGACGCCAUUGUUUUGGUGUCCAAAGCCGGCGCUUUUCGCUUCUAGUGGGUUAUAACAAGCCUAGUAGUAGCUCAACCAAUCAGAACGCAGCAUUGAUGGUAGACCACUAGUUAAAGUUUACUUACUUCAUUAUUGAUUGGUCCAUUUUAAAGGGGUUGUGAUACAGCCACGCGUCUUUCUCAGUUUUCGUCGUGCAACAUGAUAAUGUACUUGUGAAUGGCAAAAAAAUGCAGCUUUAUGUCAAACCAAAAAGCAUUUUUUCAAAAUGAACUUUUAAAACCUGCUAGGCUAACAAGUUUUCAAAACCACAAUUUCAGUCCCUUUCAAUCGUCUUCAAGUUUGUCCUUACUUCGUUCCCUGCUUUUGUAUUUGUUGUGUUAAUAAUCCUUGUUUCAAGUUUUGAGCAGUUAUUUUUAUAUUCACUCAGUUUGGUGACGGUUCCUACUGCUUUGAUUUUUUGAUAAUUUUUCUGAGACAUCUCCUUAAAUGUUUGCCCGCAUUGUGAAUAAUCAAAUAACUGUUUAUUUUCCUUGCCAAUAAAAAUUGACAUAGUUUAUGAUAUAUUUAUAGGCACCAAUAACUGCGAAUGAUGAAGAUAAUCAAUAAAAAUCGAAAGAGAAAAAUAAAUGAUUAUAUCAUUUGUUCGACUUUUAUUUUUGUUAGCGACAAUGAAAAGUCACCAGUCGGCCAACUGAACCCCUAAAACUCAGUAAGCAAACAAAUUAAGCGCAAAUAAUUCUAAAGCACGUGCUGCAAGCUGGUCAUUAAGUCAAUAAAAGACAUGUGUUUUGUUUUCCACUCACAUUUCAAGGGUUUGGCGACAGAGGGAAAAGCAGCGAUCCCGAACCACCGUAAUGCGAAUUAUGAUUUUUCAUUUUGAGCAGCUGUUUGAGGAAAGCGUUUGUAACCGCAACAUUAUUCAAGUUCCUCGCUUCACUACUGAGUCAAACAAUCAUUUACAAUCGUAAUGAAAUAAUACUGUUACAUGCAGAUGUUACAAACAAGUUUUGAUGGACCAAUCAGAGGAAAGAAAUUUCGAAAGCAUGGGGGUUGAAAUGAAUAUGGCUCCUGGUGCCAUACGAUUUGUCCUGCCGAGACAUUGUGUUAAGUGAAAUAUUCACCUCUACCGUCGGGCUGAUUGCCAGUUACCAUAUUAUCGCACCAGAAUUAAUCCUGGUUUCAGUCUUAUAAACACUCAGACAAAAGUGGCCUCGCACCGCCGGAGAGCCUACGUGAGAAAGCCCGUGUAGCCAAGAGAGGCGGAUUUUUCCGGGUGGAGUCACAGGGUUGGACGUUUCAAUUCGGUCAGUUUAACAAUGGUAAUUGUUUUCAACUGCUUAUUUCUAAGUAGAUUCAAAAAUAUUCUUGUAAUACACCUGACAACAUUGAUCACUCAUUCCGUGUUAUAUACAUAAACGCAAGUCAAAACAACCAACACGUUUUUGAAGCGAAAACCAACAACAAGAUGCUUACAAAGGAAAGAAGUUUAUAUUUUAGUAAUUAUCAUAUAGAAACUUGCUUUUCUCAGGUAGAAAUUUCAAAACAAAGCGCGGCAUUUAAAUUGUGAAGUAUCUCUCUAAAAUAUUCUAGAGCCAAAGAUCCUUUAUUUCAGCUAUCAGAUAGCUGAUAUUUCAGUAAGAGUUGAUAAUUUAAAUAGAAAAAGGCGAUAUUGUCACAUAACGGGCACCAGCGUAAUAUGCGACAUUGAAGAGACGACAUACUCCAAUGACAAUUAUAAUUGUUUUCACGCUCCCGUAAAAUUUGAUUGACGCCAUGUACAAAACUGAACAGAAUAAAAGAUUAAAAAGCUUUGUUAUAGCACUGAUUUCAAAGUCCGUGUAGAUAUUUUUACUACGGGGGUGUCCGGUUGGGUGAUAGAGUGAAGACAACAACUUAUGGACUUGCAACACGAAAUUUAUGAUACUUGUAAGUUCAUAUCCCGGAAUAAGAAUAGGCAAUCAGCAUAUAAAAAUAUCUUUUUACAUUGGGAUUUUUAAGCCACACGCGCUUUCCAGAAUUAAUUUCACAAUUUCAAAAUGUCCUUCCUCUCGAAAGAAGUCACCCAUUUCUGCUUCUCGGAUCUCAGGUUUUCCAAUCUUUGAUCGAUGGUUUUCCACUACACAUGAUCUAGCUACGUCCAAAGAGUAACUCAGUUUUAUUGAUAUAUUUAAUCUUUCGAAAUGCAAGACAAUAGAAAGUUAUUGAAUAAAAUAUAACAAUUCCUUGUCAAUCGCGAACUAGUUGCUAUGGUAUAUUUAAGGUUGUCGUGCGGAAAAUUCAUGGAACCCUAAAUAAUCAUAAUGUAUUUUCUUGCGUCGACCCGUGCAUAGAACUUUUAAUUAUACCUCGCAAAAUGUUUUGUAGAAAAUAAAACUUCUGUGAUCCAAAAGGCACAUCUUUCCAGCGGAGACCUCAUUUUAUUGAUGAUAUCGGUAGCUAAUUACCUCAUUAGGUCGUUGAUCCUGGUGCUUUCAAUUAAACUGAUUUGUAAUUGCUAUGGAAACUUUCAUUAAGUGCUAGACAACAGAUUUAGCUAAAGACAGUGCGUGACUGUUAAGGAAGCUUGCAUCUCUUUUGAAGGAUACCAAAUAUGCAGUAGUUUUGCUGGUUUUGGAUCCUGGUCAUCGCAUCUUUUAAGCCGCGGAGGCCUGCACGUAUUUCGUCUCAGUCUCCCUUGACUGUGCUAUAACUGAUUAACUUUUUAUCUUGCCAGUGUUUAGCUCGUUUAUUAAAUUAUUUACUAGUGUAUCUCCUUUAAUUUUCUGUGAUUUAGCCUAAAAUCUUGUACUACCGAUGAAAAUCUUCUUUAAAUAAGUCUUAAAAAUUUCGUUGUUGUUUGAAAAACAAGAGAAAGUGCUUUCUUUCAAUUAUGUGGCAUUUCCCGUUCAAGGCAAUGCCAGCAGGGUCAUUUUUUUUUCUUUUUGCUUGAAAGGCGCACGUUCGGGAAGCAGCUCUAGCUCAAAGCGUUGUCUCCACUGGGGUCUACUCAGAGAUUAAUCAAAUUGUCGUUUUUUUAUUCUUUUUUUCUACUCGCACGACUGUGUAAAAUUUUGCGCGAAUUUCGUCAUUACCUUCUCCCAGAAAAACCAGCUUUUUCUUUUGGGUGCUAUACCAGCUUGAAUUAAUGCCUUGACUAGUUGCCUCCUUUCUAAGUGGAUUUUAAAAAAUUUUUAAAAAUGGUUUGGUCAUUUUAAGAUGAAAAAGAGGUCAGUGAGAGGUUGAGGCUACAAAACGGAACAUAAACGAGAGUAACUUUCUUUAAUAUAAAAUAACCCGAGCCAGCUUAGGCUCAACCUUCCGUUUUCUCUACAAAGGCUUCAUCAAUUAAUAAACGUGUUCGUGCAUUUUAACUUCUCUGUUUUGUUUUACACCUUCAUUUGCAUAAAUUAAAACGCAUUUAUAAACGAGACAUCACAUCGGAUCAAGUAGGUCACGAACGCAAUUCUACUCGGCUGCUCCGUUUUCCUCAUCAAACUUGUUUUCGAUUUAACUACAAGGUAACACGCGUUCUUUCCUCUUACUCGAAGCUAGUUAGUUCUACUUUGAUUUAAGUGUAUUUUAGUUUUAAGAGCCAGUAAUUUCGUUUUCUUACAAAAGUUAUCUUUAGAAAGACUUUAAUUGCACGGCACAGGUUGUUGGUCUAUUCGAAGACGGUAGAUAUGCAACCUGGCUCAGUGGUGUGUUCGAUACUUAUCUACUCAACUACUCUAGUUCGUGUUGUUAAAAUUAACAAGGUGUGUUUGCUUGCCCAUACUUUAUCAGUCUCCCAAACUUGCUAGCAAGUUGAACAAAUAGACCUGCCAUUCUUAUCAAGCUGGCCACUUGUCUAGGACAACAAUAUUGAUGCAAACGCUCCUGUUUAAUUUUACAACAAAGACAUUUAGAGGGUGCGAUUUGUUUACUAUACUUAGCACCUUGGGUCUGCUGUUUUGGACGUAAAUAUUUUAAAAAUCUGUCAAUUCCAGUUUGUUGUAAUUUGGUAUAGCUGUUGGCUAAUUGUUGAUACUUCAAAUGAAGUUAAACUUUUCGAGCAUUUUUAAUAACUUGUACAAACAGUCUGAACACCGUUAUAUUUUCGUUUUCAGAAUUCGCCAUGGAUAACACAAGCGAGAGUAAUCCCUCUAGAUGGAAACGGGAACGAGAUGAAGAAGACGAGGAACGAGGUGGAAUGAGAAUGUCGCCAGCAGACACGAAACGACAAAGAACGGAUAAAAUUUCUCUGACUAACGGCGAGGGAAAAGUCAUGUCAACUUCAGAUCAUGGUCGUUACAUGAACAUAUUGACUCGGCUCUUUCCAGAGCAGAAAAGGAACGUUUUGGAGCUAAUUUUAAAGGGAUGCGGAGGUGAUGUGAUUCAGACUAUAGAGACAGUUCUUCCAAGCCACGAAGAAGCACUCGCUAGAGGACAACUACUGGCUGGUGUACCACGUGGUCUGUUCCCAGGACCACCGCCACCUUCUGGCUACUCGGCCUUCUCUCCUCUCUCUCCCACAAUUCCGCACGGUAUACCACUGAGUGCUGUGGAGUAUCACGCCGCUUCCAAGUGCACAAGCGGUCAAUGUCCCGGAUGUGUUUAUUAUCCGGGACCUGGUCCAUUGUCUGCCACAUUAAACCAGCUGAAAGAUCCCACAAAGCGAUCGACCCCGGAUGUGCCUAUUUCUUUUAAACCGACGAUCUCCGAGCACAACCCGAACCCGUUAUCGACAAUUCCGGGGUUGACAAAACUACCACACCUUGAAGACAUGAGGUACAGUCAGAGUAUGCGGUCGGCAACCGCUGCCCUCAUGACCAUGAGCUCAACCGGACGAAUUUUCUCUGGAGACCGUGUGUUACUGAGAAAUGACCGCGACAAAACUUCCCCUCCUCUCUCACCCAAAACAGAAACAGACGAAAAACCUUAA